CACUUGGUCUUCCUUCCAUUGCUAUUUAUAACCAGAUAUAUUGACUAAAAGAGUUGACGAUCAAUGGAGUUUGGAGUCUUUAUUUACUCUCCCAGUGAUCAAUGGAGUUUGGGUUUAUUUAUGUUAUCUGAUCUCUCUUCUUCUUCUCUCUGUUAAUUGUAUGUUUUAGAGUGGUAAGAGCUUAGAGUGAACUGAGACUAUGGGUAAGAGCAGGACAAUUCAAGUUUCUGGGUUUCUUUCAGACGUGUCCGUGGAAGAAGUGAGGAAAUUUUUGGAGAGAUAUACAGGCAAAAAAACUGUUUAUGCCCUUAAGAUAAGGCAGCAAAAGAAGGGUGGGAGAGCAUAUGCUGUUGUGCAAUUUACCAAACGUGCUGAUGCGAAACUGAUCGUAAGGUUGGCUAAUCAGAGGCUAUACUAUGGGACUUCGUAUCUUAAGGCUUGGGAAAUGGAGACCGAUAUCGUGCCGAAGCCGAGAACGUUUUUGCACACGAUGGAACAUGUCAAAGUGAAGUUUGGCUGUCAGGUCUCGAAAGAAAAAGUUUAUGUUCUCUGGAGAGCGGAUGAUGUUACAGUGAAUUUUGGUCUAGCAAUGAGGAAAUUGCAAUUUCUGUUGUCGCAUGGUCGCUUGCCAUACAAGCUUGAGCUUUUCUAUGAGAACAUCUGGCAGAUUGAGCUGCAUCAUGCGUGCAAUCAAACCUCAAGUUAUCUUCUGAUUCAGUUAUUUGGUGCUCCACGGAUAUAUGAGAAAGAAGUGCGCUAUUCAGGACGUGUGUUUGAUGAUCCCUUGCUUAACUACUUCAUGGAUGUGCCUGAUGAUCAAUGGGUGAGGACAACUGAUUUCACGCCAUCGUACUGUAUCGGGCAGUCUUCUGUGUUAUGUUUGGAGCUUCCUCGCAACCUCCAACUUCCAAAUUUUCAGGAAAACUUCGCUUAUUACAAAGAAAACGAUGGCAGAUUGGUUUUCGAAAGUGGUUCUUCUUAUUCCUGUAACCGUACUCUUGUCCCAAUUGUACACCCUAUGCAGGGAGUUGACUUGCCAUUUGAAAUACUGUUCAAGGUUAAUUUGUUGGUGCAAAAUGGGUGCAUACCAGGACCAGCUCUUGAUGAUAAUUUUUAUCGAUUGGUUGAUGCUUCGAGAAUUGACAAAGUUUACAUAGACCAUGCAUUGGAGAAACUUAAUCAUCUAAAAGAAUGCUGCUAUGAGCCUUCGAGGUGGCUCUUUAAGGAGUACAAAGUUUACACCAGUUCUAAGAAACAUCCGGUAUCGCCUGCUAUAUCAUUAGAUGCUGGCUUGGUGUAUGUAAGAAGGGUUCAGAUAACACCUUCUAGAGUCUACUUUUGUGGUCCUGAGAUUAAUGUUUCUAAUCGCGUGCUACGCCAAUUCCGUAGAUAUGAUAAUUUUCUUCGCGUCACUUUUGUUGAUGAAGAGUUGGAGAAGAUCCAUUCAACAAACGUGCAAGCAAAGGAUAGGAGAACUGAUAUAUAUGAAAGGAUUCUUUCUACUCUUCAAAAUGGGAUAAUUGUUGGGGACAAGAGAUUUGAAUUUCUUGCCUCAUCGAGUCAAUUGCGCGAAAAUUCUGCCUGGAUGUUUGCUUCGAGAAAGGGGCUCACUGCUGCUGAUAUAAGGUCAUGGAUGGGAGAUUUUAGUGAAAUAAGAAAUGUGGCAAAAUAUGCUGCUAGACUGGGCCAAUCUUUCAGUUCAUCGACCGAAACCCUUAGCGUUGCGAAAGAUGAAAUCAUCCCUAUUGCAGAUAUAGAAAUCGUGAAGGGUGGAAAUAAAUGUCUUUUCUGAUGGAAUUGGAAAAUAUCAGCUGAAUUUGCUAAGAAGGUGGCCGCUAAAUGCCGCUUGAAUGGUCACACUCCAUCGGCCUUUCAGAUUCGGAUUGGCGGAUUCAAAGGUGUUGUGGCUGUUGACCCCACCUCAUAUUGGAAGUUAUCCCUCAGAAAGAGUAUGAAAAAGUAUGAAUCAGAGAACACAAAACUCGAUGUUUUGGCUUGGAGUAAGUAUCAGCCAUGUUUUCUGAACCGCCAGUUGAUUACGCUGCUGUCUACUCUCGGAGUUCCAGAUCGUGCUUUUGAGAUAAAACAAAGAGAAGUAAUAGAUCAACUCAAUGCCCUCCUGACAGAACCCUUAAAGGCUCAGGAGGCUUUGGAGUUAAUGUCUCCAGGAGAAAAUACCAACAUCCUCAAGGAAAUGCUCCUGUGUGAUUAUAAGCCCGAUGAAGAACCAUUCCUUUCCAUGAUGUUGCAAACAUUUCGUGCGUCAAAGUUAUUGGAGUUGCGGACUAAAGCCAGGAUCCUUCAAAAUGGAAGGUCCAUGAUGGGAUGUCUAGACGAAACUGGAACAUUGAAUUAUGGCCAAGUGUUUGUGCAGUUUUCUGGCUCUAGAUCCAAUAGGCGUUUUAUUGUUAACAGUAAGGUAGUAGUUGCAAAAAACCCCUGUUUGCACCCUGGGGACGUGCGUGUCUUAAGGGCUAUCGACGUUCCAGAUUUGCACCAUAUGGUGGAUUGUGUUGUUUUUCCUCAGAAAGGAAGCAGACCUCAUCCGAAUGAAUGCUCCGGAAGUGAUCUGGAUGGUGAUAUCUACUUUGUCUGUUGGGACCCUGAUUUGAUUCCAUCUAAGCAAAUCGAGCCGAUGGAUUACUCACAAGCUCCGAGUGCUACAUUGGAUCAUGAAGUAACCAUUGAGGAAAUCGAAGAAUAUUUCACAAACUACAUAGUCAAUGACAGUUUAGGAAUCAUUUCGAAUGCUCAUACUGUUUUCGCCGAUAGAGAACUUGGCAAAGCAAUGAGCCGCCCGUGUCUGGAUCUUGCAAAGCUGUUCUCGAUCGCAGUUGACUUUCCGAAAACAGGGGUACCAGCUGAAAUACCACAAGAAUUGAGGGUCAAAGAAUAUCCGGAUUUCAUGGAGAAGCCUGACAAACCAAGUUAUCAAUCACACAGUGUUAUCGGAAAACUUUUCCGAGAGGUGAGAAGCCUUGCACCUAAUGAAUGCUCGAUCAAUUCCUUAACUCGGGAGAAAAUGGAGAGGUUUUAUGAUCCCCACAUGGAAGUUGAUGGCUUCGAGGAUUACAUUGAUGAUGCUUUCUUCCACAAAAGUAAUUAUGAUUACAAACUGGGGAAUUUGAUGGACUAUUACGGGAUCAAAACAGAGGCCGAAAUACUCGGUGGAGGUAUCAUGAAAAUGUCGAGGUCUUUCACGAAGAAAAGAGAUGCGGAAGCCAUCGGUAUGGCCGUGAGGUCAUUGAGGAAGGAAGCCAGGUCAUGGUUUAACGAAAAGCGAAGCAGAUCGGAUGAUGAAAACGAUGCAUAUGCAAAGGCCUCAGCUUGGUACUAUGUCACGUAUCAUCCAAGUUAUUGGGGUCAGUAUAACGAGGGAAUGAAUAGGGAUCAUUUUCUGAGCUUUGCUUGGUGUGUUUAUGAUAAGCUGAUCCAAACCAAGCGAGAGAAUGCGGCUAUUCGGAGAGCUUUCGAGUCGUCAUCACUGGAACACCGGUUCCGACGCCAAUUGCAUUUGCAAUGAGGUAUUUCGGCGAAUGUUUCCUGUUUUCUUAAGUAUGUGAAUCUGGGUAGAUUAUGUUCCCUAAUGAAACUGCAUUUUACGUUUUGUAAAUAUCCAGUAGUACUGAUUGAGAAAGAACAUUGAGUAAUAUGUUACCUUAUGAAUCUACAUGUUCCCUGUUA